AUGUCCACCGCAGGAAAACCCAUCAAGUGCAAAGCCGCUGUCUGCUGGGGCGCCGGCGAGCCCCUCAAGGUCGAGGAGGUCGAGGUCGCCCCUCCGGGCCCUCACGAAGUCCGCAUCCACAUCCUGCACACUGGUAUUUGCCACACGGACGAGUACACUCGCAGUGGUAAGGACCCAGAGGGUCUUUUCCCGGUUAUUCUCGGCCACGAGGGUGGAGGAAUCGUCGAGUCCGUCGGCGAAGGUGUCACCAGCGUCUCCGUGGGCGACCACGUUAUUCCCCUUUACACUGCCGAAUGCCGCGAGUGCAAGUUCUGCAAAAGCGGCAAGACUAACCUCUGUGGCAAAGUUCGCACCACGCAAGGCAAGGGUCUGAUGCCAGAUAACACAAGCCGUUUCACAUGCAAAGGUCAAGCCAUCCAUCACUUCAUGGGGACGUCUACGUUCUCGCAAUACACUGUUGUCGCAGACGUGUCUGUUGUCGCCGUUAACCCCAAGGCACCUUUGGAGCGUGUCUGCCUGCUUGGGUGUGGUAUCACCACCGCUUGGGGUGCGGUCGUAAAGCAGCCCGGGAUCCCUGGAUCUACAGUUGCUGUGUUCGGUUGUGGCGCGAUCGGCCUUGGUGUCAUUGCAACAGCUGCGCUUGUUAAGGCAUCCCGCGUGUUCGCAAUCGACACUAACCCUGGAAAAGAAGCCUGGGCUCGUAAAUUCGGUGCGACUGAUUUCAUCAAUCCGGCCCAGCUCCCGGAGGGGACGCGCAUUCAAGACCAUCUCGUCGAGAUCACUGACGGUGGACUCGACUAUACCUUUGAUUGCACUGGUAAUGUGCAUGUAAUGCGUGGUGCCCUUGAGGCCUGCCACAAAGGCUGGGGUGUUAGCACCAUCAUUGGUGUCGCCGCUGCCGGCCAGGAGAUCUCUACGCGCCCAUUCCAACUCGUCACUGGCCGUACCUGGCGCGGAACCGCUUUCGGAGGUGUUAAGGGUCGCACAGAGCUCCCUGGCCUUGUUGAAGAUUAUCUCGAAGGCAAGGUCAAGGUCGAUGAAUAUGUGACUCACCACCGGACAUUGGCUGAAAUCAAUGCCGGCUUUGAGGAUAUGCAUGCUGGUGACUGCAUUCGUUGUGUCGUCGACAUGUCGUGA